AUGGAUCGCAUAUGUGAACUUGCUGACAGAGCAGCGAAAGCACUAGAAACCUGCACAGAUUUUAUAAACCAAUCGCUAAUCAUCACAGCUGAGCAUUUAUCUGAAUUGGACGAGGUAGAACUGCAUACAGUCGAAGAGCCCGGACUUGAAGAGGAGCUGAAUGCAAUGCUUAGCGACGAUCCUCACUCUACAACUAUUUACGAAUAUGAAAGGAAACUUGCCAACCAAUGUGUUGCGAGAAGAGCGGAGCUGGCGGCACAGCUAUGUAAUAAGUCGCCAAAAUCCAUCGUCCGCAUUUUACUUCGCGUCGCAAAGUUCACAGUGGACAUGAGGGCAGAGCUCAUGAAGUAUGGCAAUCUCAUAGAUGAUUGUAUUGGCGAUAUAGAGAGGCCAUUUCAAGAACUCAAGAAUUGUAUGGAACGCCUACAAGCUAGCGGCAACUUGGAUGAACGCAGUUUCAGAAAAGCUUUGCAAUAUUACAAGCAAGCGUCAAAUAUAAUGAAUCACACGCGUCUUGUUCACGAAAAAGCUCUUCUACCUGCUCCAGUUGGUUCAGCAAAAGGAUCAGUCUCAAAAGGGAUCUGCUGUCAAAUAUGUAGCGAUAGCUUGCCGUGCGUACUGCUUUUAGUCAAAGUAGUCUGCUGA